GUAGAAGUUCACUCCUCAUAUAAUAUUGUAAAUCAAUCGAAUUCUCUGUCCAGGUAUGUUCUUGUGGGAUCUGCUGAUUCACUCGAAGCAAGAUUGAACUUGCACUGUAUGACUAAUCCAAAGCACUAUUUCGGCCUUAGGCUGACUAUCCUUAUUAUUCUGCGAAAUUUAAACAACCAACUUACAACAUUUUUAUAACUGGAUUACUAGCGGCUGGUGGAGAUAAAUAAAACGGAAGUCGUCCAAAAGCAUUCGUCAGGAAGUUUUUUUCAAACAAACCAAUUGUUUGUAUCCGUCACGGAUUUUCUUAGGUCAAGCCACUUUUCAAAAAUGAGCACUACAGUACAACAAAACGUUUUUGUGGCAAUGAUUGAUGCGAUUAGCUGUCCUCUGAAUAUAACUUUAUUCUUGAUAUGUGCACUGCUUGUCUAUAUGAGUCUUCGGCCACUGUUAAGAAAGAAAAAGACCAAGACUAUCCAGGUCCCGAAAAUGGGUAAACGUGAUUUUACGUUAGAGGAGCUCCAGAAGUUUGACGGCAAGGGUGAGCACAAGCGAAUACUGAUAGCGGUUAAUGGUAAAAUAUUCGAUGUCACCAAUAACGGACAGGAGUUCUACGGCAAAGGAGCACCCUAUGCAGUUUUUGCUGGCAAAGAUGCGUCCAGAGCACUGGCAUGUUUUAAUCUGGAGACUAAGAAUGAGUAUGAUGACCUCUCAGAUCUUACUCCCGAUCAGAUGAAGACCUUGAGAGAAUGGGAACUUCAGUUUUCCGGAUUUCUUUGUGAUGAGAAACUAAAUAAUUACAAGGUGUCGUUUUGUGUACCCGGAUCUUUUCUGCAAUAUCUGAGAUUUUAUUGAGAUAUCUUCUGCAGACGGAAAUAUGUGAAGUAGAAUCCAAAGUUUGAAAUAGCUGGUAAACUGUGAAAUGCAAAAGCCACAGCUCCACUGGAGGGGGAAUGCAUUUUAUGAACGAUGUGAUACUAUCCAGAUUCAUAAAACAUCAGUUUCAAUGCAUUUCUCAUCAUAAUGUUUUCCGUCCUGUUGUCUAUUUUAAUGACUCAUUUGCGCUAGUUCGUAGUUUGGUAAAUGAAAUUAAUGGCGUACUGAAAAUAUUUCUGCACAAUUAUUGCCUCGAUAAUUAUUAUGUAUGGAGGUCAGGCAAUGUCCAUUACUGUUCAGUGUCAUUUUUCAGGAAAACAAAUAUAUAGCAUAAUUUUCUUAUAAUUUAGAGCGUUAUGACCAUAUUGGACGACUUUUAAAACCUGGAGAACCACAUCGAGUUUAUGAGAUUAAUGAUGGAGAAGAUGAAGUUGGCGGCACAAAUCAUGUUGUUCAACGUAGUUGCAAGGAGAAAGUAACCUGAUAAACGUUACACUGACUUGUUUCAAGUAUUUUGUGUAUUUAUGUAAGCAUACCAUUGCAAUCUUUUUUUUAUUUUAAAUGGACGCUUAUUACCAACCGUCCAUAUUUGUGUUCCUAAACAUAAUGAUUUCAGUCUUUUGGUUUUCGAUUUGUGCAAUAUUAAUGCUACUAAGUAAUGAAUUCUUGUACACAAAUCUGUAUAUGCUGAUGUGAAUCUCUUUGAAAUUUCGGCUAUUUAGUGGUUUUUAUUUCUGGACAUUUGUUUGCUUUCAUUACUACAAAUGAUUUGUAGAACGUUUAUUUCCUACCAGGUUGCUAAUAUCUGUUCACAUUGUAAAUAUUUGUAAUGUUUUUAAAAAAAUUCUUGAUCCAGUUUA